UGACAGACGCUUUUUAAGAGCGCCUCUCGACCUCGACGACAAGCGGUGUCAAGGGAGGCAACCUUUAUUUGGCUACAAAGCGAUCCUGAAUUGGCACAUUUUUCGUUUCUUUGGUACUGUACUUGAAAAAUCCAAAUUGCAAACGAAAUGACAAGAGGUGGACGUACAGAACUAGGGGACAUCACUCCACACAAUAUUAAGCAGUUAAAAAAACUGAACCAGGUUGUGUUCCCAGUUACAUAUAAUGACAAGUUCUACAAAGACGUCUUAGAAGUGGGCGAAUUAGCUAAAUUAGCAUACUACAAUGACAUUGUUGUUGGGGCAGUUUGCUGUAGAGUAGAUACAUCUGAAAACCAGCGUAGACUUUACAUCAUGACCUUAGGAGCCCUAGCACCUUAUCGAAGACUUGGAAUAGGUACAGUGAUGCUGGAACAUGUACUGCAGAUCUGUGACAAGGAUGGCAACUAUGACAAUGUCUUCCUCCAUGUACAGGUGAAUAACGAGGGAGCAAUCAAGUUCUACGAAAAGCAUGGAUUUGAGAUUGUAGAAGAGAAGAAGAACUAUUACAAACGCAUCGAGCCAGCAGAUGCCUACGUUUUACAGAAGACAUUUAGGCAAAAAGCUGCGGAGACUAAAGCUUCAUGAAAAACAGUUACAAUAGUAUAGGCCAUCACUGUGAACUCUUGUGCAUUCAAAGUUUAGUAUUUUUCUUCAUUAUUUUGUAAUUGUACUUAGUGACAUUGUGCUGUGGAAUAAGUAUUAAAAAAAUUCUAAAGACAUUUAUUGAUCAAAUGCAGUGAAUAUGUAUAUGUAAAAAAAAAAAUUAUGUUCAUUAAAUAAAAUAAAAUUCAACUAGA